CAGCAGAACCGGAGACCGUCCAGAUUGUUCGUACCGUUCGUUGUUCAUGUGUGUGGUGUGCGUAAGGUACGUUGCCCCCGUCCACACCAAUCCGCACGCCAUCCCAGGGUCCAUGUCCCUUUUGGCAUGGGGGGCCCGUGGACGAGAACAGACGACGCUGAGGUCGCUUCCAGGCUUGGGGCCCCAUCUCCCGCCAACCAUCGAUCGCCAAUCGCUUCCCCUUCUCGCCCGUUCGUGUCGUUCCUUUUCCUCCUGUGUCUCUUCCUGCGUCUUGACUCUGUUCCCUCCUCCCUCCUCCCACUCCACCACCACCUCCUGACCGGCGUGCAUUCUCAGCAUCGUCACCUUUCGCUCGUUUCAUAUACCCGCCCGUGGACUUUAGCCUCUUUUUUUCAGCCACUGUCUCUCUCUGUCUUCGCCUGUCUGGCUGUUGAAGAAACUCUCUCUCACUCCAACACUCUCUCGAACUAUCAUAACCUCCGACACCCACUUCUCAACAUAGGUUCUCGACCGGCUUCCGCUGAUCCAUCUCUUUCGGCUUACAAGAGGCCUUAUACGGGCUCAUCCCAUCGACACCCUCCGGGCUCUGCAAAGGCACCUCGCUGCCAGCCCUUAUUCCCCUUCUUUCCAGGUUGA